AUGGGAAAUCAAACCUCCAAGCAAAAGAGUUUGUCUUCUUUUUCAAGGUCAGAGACCGGUACUUCGGUCCAGUCAGGGCAUUCUGUGAGGAGCAAACGCUCGUUUAAGAGUAUCAUCAGUCAAACAUCAUCACGAAAAUCGGCUGAUCUCAGUCGUAAAGGCUCAUCGCUUUCUCUUCCUUUGGCAACAGACGAUGCACCAGAUGCUGAUACCAAUAACCUUGAUGGGACAAGGGUGGAUGAUAUGAACUCGAAUUACGAUGACGGUGGGCGACCUGCAAUUUUAACAGAUGUGGAUAAUUCUACUAAACUAAAUGGCAAUCUCCCUCCUUCGAUGAUACAGGUACCACCAAAGUCACCUAUUCUUAAGACAACCGCUUCUCCUGUUCAUCAUCAUCAUCAUCAUCACCAUCAUCACCAUCGUUCCCAUUCAAAAUCUUUGCAACGGCCUCGAAAGCAUCGUACCAGCAACUCGACAAGCGUUGAAAACGAUGACUCAGAACAAAUCAGCAAGAAUGGUGAUGGCACUACCUCUUCCAAAAUUGAUCGUCCUGGGAUGCCUUCUUUUUCUUCCUCGGCUUCGAUUACUACAAAUGGUGAAUCGGUCUAUUCCUAUUCAUCAACGUCUACUAAUAAGCACAAAGAUGACGGAGCAAUUUCUAUAUCAAGAAGGAGUUCUGCAAGUACGGCACAUUCUUCGAGGAAAUCACACUCAUACGAUCGCUUCAAAGACGGCCAAUGGGUUCCUAAAUCGCAGGAUCCUACAUCCGAUGUGUCCGACUCUAUACAACAAGAACAAUUAACAAGCUCUCCUCUGACAAUUAACUCCUCAUCACAAAGCAAUCAGGAGAUACCAGAUAUUGUAUUAUCUCAAGAUGGUAGCAAGAACGAAAAUAUGAAUGGUGCGGAUUUACGAAAAGCUGAUAGCACUGGUACAGGAUCUCAAAACGUACAUCGAAAGCGUAAGAAAAAACCUCUGAAUAUCGAAAACUUAAUUCAGAGGUUGUUGGAUGCAGGUUACUCUGGAAAGCGAACGAAGUCUGUUUGUGUUAAGAAUAGUGAAAUAGCUAUGAUAUGUUCAGCUGCAAGGGAAAUUUUUUUGAGCCAGCCUACCCUGUUGGAACUAAAUGCACCCGUCAAAAUUGUAGGUGAUAUACACGGUCAAUAUAGCGAUUUGAUCCGGAUAUUCACCAAAUGUGGUUUUCCUCCUUCGGCAAAUUAUCUAUUUUUAGGGGAUUAUGUAGACAGGGGAAAGCAAUCUCUUGAGACAAUUCUACUUCUAUUUUGCUACAAAAUUAAAUACCCGGAGAACUUUUUCUUGCUUCGUGGAAAUCACGAGUGUGCACAAAUUACAAGGGCUUACGGAUUCUAUGACGAAUGCAAGAGGAGAACCAACAUCAGAACAUGGAAGCUUUUUAUUGAUACAUUUAACACACUACCGGUUUGUGCUUUAGUUGCUUCAAAAAUAUUUUGUGUCCAUGGUGGACUUUCUCCGGUUUUAAACUCGAUCGAUGAAAUCAGAAAUAUCAAGAGGCCGACGGACGUCCCUGACUUUGGGCUUCUUAAUGAUCUUCUUUGGUCAGAUCCGGCUGAUCAACCAAAUGAAUGGGAAGAUAACGAACGUGGUGUCUCUUAUUGCUUUAACAAGGUCGCAAUUAAUAAAUUCUUAAACCGUUUUCAAUUUGACCUUGUAUGCAGGGCACACAUGGUUGUUGAAGAUGGCUACGAAUUUUUCAAUGACAGGUCUCUUGUUACUGUUUUCUCUGCGCCUAAUUAUUGUGGAGAAUUUGAUAACUGGGGUGCAGUCAUGAGCGUCAGCGAGGAACUUCUUUGCUCAUUUGAGUUAUUAGAUCCAUUGGACAGUGUUGCAUUGAAAAGAUUGAUGAAACAAGGAAGAAUCGAGAGAAGAAAAGCAUCGUUGGCACGCACAAAUUCGGAAAGCACGCAGUCAUAUUGA